UCCAAGCAGCACUUGCUGCCCCAUUGAGGACGAGGCGGCAGCAGAAGCGGUGACGGUGUCGCUGAGGAGCCUGACUCCCGGCACGCAGCCCCGACCUGCCUGGCACCCCGCGGCCCUCUUCUGUCUCCUUCCCAUUGUGUUGAGUAAGAACCUUAAACAGAAAGAAUAAAACGAUAGGAAAAAAGAAAUAUUGUGACAAAAAUCCAACUAGGUUCUCUUGGUUACAAACUCCUCCCCGUCUGGUGCUGUAACAAUGAGUGGGAAAUCCCUGCUCUUAAAGGUCAUUCUCCUGGGUGAUGGUGGAGUUGGGAAAAGUUCACUUAUGAACCGUUAUGUAACCAAUAAAUUUGACUCCCAGGCUUUUCACACCAUAGGGGUAGAGUUCUUAAACCGAGAUCUAGAGGUAGAUGGACGCUUUGUAACCCUCCAGAUCUGGGACACUGCGGGGCAGGAACGUUUCAAGAGUCUUAGGACACCCUUCUACAGGGGAGCAGACUGCUGCCUCUUGACCUUCAGUGUGGAUGACCGGCAGAGCUUCGAGAACCUCGGAAACUGGCAGAAAGAAUUCAUCUACUAUGCAGAUGUGAAGGACCCUGAGCACUUUCCCUUUGUAGUUCUGGGUAACAAAGUAGACAAAGAGGAUAGGCAAGUGACUACUGAGGAGGCACAAGCUUGGUGCAUGGAGAAUGGGGAUUACCCUUAUCUAGAAACGAGUGCCAAAGAUGAUACUAAUGUGACAGUGGCCUUUGAAGAAGCUGUCAGGCAGGUGUUGGCUGUAGAGGAGCAGCUGGAGCAUUGCAUGUUAGGUCACACCAUUGACUUGAAUAGUGGCUCCAAAGCAGGAUCUUCAUGCUGUUAAAAGUAGGGAGCCUUUUAAAAACGUGCCCCAAAUUGGUCAGUCAGCAGUGCAAGAAUAACUGGGCCCCUCUAAGGGUGCACACACACACACACACAAGAAGGUAAGAUACAAGGUUCUGGUUGUGAAACAGAGCCUUUCAAAUUGAAGUCGUAGAGUGAUUUUUUUUAAUGCUUUAUCGAGCCAAGUGUAUUUGCGUGAUGUCUGCUGUUUCCCCUUCUUGUGUAUCUCAGGACAUUUUAGAAAGUUUUAGUCCUGAGAAAUUUAAACAUUUUUUUGAAAUCACAGUUUAAACCUAGAACCCAGCCGCAUGAAGGAGUUAAAGAGCUACAGCUAUCCCUUAAAGCAAUUCAUUAAGCAACUAACAAAUAUCACCAUCAGACUCUUGCCAAGCAGUUUCUGACAUUUCUGCCAAAGGGAAAAAUAUGAGACUCUGAGUUGUGUCAUUAUAAAAAUAGCAAAGUAAACCCAUGUUCUUGAUUCUGAAUUUUAAGAGGUUAUCAUGAUUAGCAAUGCAAAAAAGCAAAUAAUGUACCCUUACUUGUUUAAAUCCUUAUGUACGGUUUGCUUCCAUCUGAGGCUUGUUAAAAAAUACUAUCUCACUUAAGAGAUGCUCUAAUGACACUGGAAAUUGAUUUACUCCUUGUGUUUGAAGUCAUAGGAUACUAGUGAGUGGAUUGUGCUUACAUAUGCCAAUCACCCCUCCAAAUAAAUAGUUGGUCUUUUACUUCAUAAGUCUAUACUUUCGCUGCAUAGAGAUGUUGCUUCUCUGACAACCUCUUAUCAAUUUAGCAAUGCUGCUUAGUAUAUGGCUUUGGGUGCAGUGUUUUAUGCUCAUAAUGUAGAUGAUCCUUUGGCUGGACUAGUGGAGAAGGUUUCUGACAAGACUAGAGGACUGUGGGCUUUUCUCACAAGGUUCCUUAACACAAAUAUUUAUCACAGAAGAAGGACCUGACUUCUGUAUGUUGCAUCGUAUGUUUCAGCUGGCCAAACUAGGACACUGAAAGUGACAAAAGAGCAGAUUGUAACCCUGUGUUAGAAUAAAUUUCUCAUAAGUAGAGUUGUCCAGCAGUGGAAUGGACUGCCUUAAUAAGUGAGCUCCCUUCUAGUGAAACUAUUUGGUGGAUGACCAUCUAUUAAAAGACCAUGAAAAUAAUUUCUGUCUUGGCAAUCUGUUUAAUAUAAGAUCCCUUUCAUCUCUAAAUUUUAUGAAUCUAUAAACUUUGUGAGUGCCAUGUUAUGGGUAGAUUUAUCUGAUGAUAACACCUAAGACAAUGGAGAGGGACUGUAACAAUUCUCAAACCAUUCUGUGAUCUGCCUUUAAUAGCAGCUAUGUAGCUCUUUUGCUUUUGCUUUUGCUCUGUGGCAGGAGAAAUUCUUAAGCUCUGAAUAAUCUUUAUGUACCCUUAUGUGAACAUCCUAAAGAAACCAUCUUAAAAUUUUAAAAAUGGUGUGACAAUUUUUGAUUAUCAUGACUGGCAGUUAUAUACUAUGUCAUGAACAUGUAGUCAGGUUCUUGUUGGUUGAUCUGUUUGUCCUGCAUAGUUUGUAAUAUGUAUUUUUAAAAAAAACAUCUGUAAUAAAAAUAAUGGCCCAAGGUAGUGAAUGACAGAAAUUAUCCCAGAAAGAGACCUAGGCCAGGGAGGGGUGGGAGCUUUUACAGGAAUACAGCCUAGAACUCUCCAUUGUAGCCACAUGUGGAAUCAGCCUUACGUGUGGGACCUUAUGUGCUUUAAGAGCUCUGGGACUUUUUGGCCACAUAGACAAGAGUAGGACAGUAUUUCAACCCUGUCAUUUUCAAUAUUUCCAAUUAAGAUAUAGUCCUUACCCAAUGUCCAAUUAACUUUGAUGCCAGAACUGGGAUCCCACAGCUCUUAAGUAUCGGUUCCUAUCCUGCCUAUGCCUAUAGCCAGCCACACUGGUUUCCAAGUUCGAUGAUCAUUUUGCUACUAUCAUGUUAGGAUGAAAAUCUGUACGUCAGAACUGUUAUAUGCUAAUUAUUUUAAGUGCAUGAGACCUGGGGCCUUCUCUUUCUACUUGCACUCUGCUUAUAAUAGUUUGUAUCUGUAGAUCUCAGGCCUUCACAAAAAACUCCAACUCACGAAAGUACUCGUCUCUACUAGAGUGGCAUGUAGUCAUUUGAGUAAAACAUAAAUAUGGGUAUCCGAUUCAUAGGCAUCCUGUCCAUCCAACAUAAGUGUUAAUUUUAUUGGCAAGUCAACUGAAGCCCCUUUCCUCUUAGCCAUACCAAUUUUUUCUGCCAAAUCACUACACAAUAUCUUAACGAAAGCACUUAACAUUAAAUGAAAAACACAGUCCAUGCUGACAUGUAGUUUGAGUGACACUGAAAAACACCAAAGGCUGAAAUCUGUGAGUACCAGGAACUGUGCAUAUAGGUUUAGAAAUGGACUGUAUGCCCUAGAAUGUGCAGUGCAAUAUUUUCAAUAGGUGUUUUUUUUAAUGAGCCCUAGAUUUUUGGAAAAAUAUAUUUCUAAUUAGAAUCACACUGUUUUUCAAUGGUCCAUUAAAACAUCACACAGAAUAUUUAUUUAGUUUAUUGUCAUGUAUAGGCUAACUUUCAGGGGGCCUCAGAUUCCAUACGUCUUCAAUGCAUUGAUGAAUUUCAGGUUAAUUUGUGCCUGCCUCAGCCAUCUCUACUUUAUCCUGAGGUACUCCACGAUCCUCUUGUUGCAGGUGCUGCUAAAAAAAAUCUCAAAAUUGUGUAUCAGAUAUUUUCUUUCAACUGUAAAAAAUUAUCUGUGUCAAAGUGAAUAAA